AAUGCAAUCAACCAAUAUUUCAAGUCCAUAAAAACCUUCAACUGCUUCUCCAAGUAUUACUAUUUUACAUAACAUCAAGGUAAAUCUAUUGGACCAUAUCGUACUGUAUUUAUAUAUUGCAAUAUCUCUUAUAGAUUACUACUACUUAUGCUCCAUUUACUAUUCUUCAAAAGAAUUCCAAAUUUGAAGAUUCUCCCAUUAAAAGAGUCAAAUAAUUUGAUGAUGAUAAAUUGAUUAAAUCCAUUAAAUUAAUUAAGCCCAAUCGAGAAUAGAGUAAAAGCUGUUCUAAAAGUUAAGAUAAAAUUAUCAUAAAGGAUAUCAAAGAUGAUUCAUAAUAUAUAGGUUCUUAUAAUGGAAAAGUGAGAGAAGGAUUUGGUAAAUUAUAUAAUGCUUAAGGCAUUUUGAUUUAUGAAGGAUAAUGGUAUAAUGAUUAAUAUCAUGGCAAUGGAAUUCUGUUUAAUCAUGAAGUAAAUUCUUAAUUCACCAAAUAUCUUGGGUAAUUCUAAUUUGGAUAUAAAUAUGGAGCUGGUAUAGAGUAUUACAGAGAUGGUUCUAUGUAUGUAGGUAAUUUUGAAUCUGAUUGUCGAAACGGAAUGGGAUAACUAACCAAAAAAAAUGGAGAAAAAUUUAAUGGGUUAUGGUUAAAGGGUAAAAUGAUUUCUAGAAUAUGA